CCCUGCACGACCAUCUUCUUCACUCUUCGGACUCAUCAUGGCUCUCCUUCACGAAUCCCAAGAUGGCUCAGAACUCAAUCACUUAUGGCAACUCAUUACCGAGCUCAGCGAGCAGCUCAAUGAGAACCGCAGCCUCUCGGUGUCGCUGUACACGACUGCCGCAGAUAUCAAGAACCAAGCCGUGCACUCCCAGAAUGGCUUCGUUUUGAGAAGAUUCAACCUCGAUAAGUCGCAGGAGGAGUAUGAUGCGGAGCUGGAGCAGAUGAACCAAUCCAUGGCGGCGGAGAAUCAGGCGCUGGCGCACGACAACAAGCAAUUGAGCGCGCUCAUCAAGGAGUACGAAUCGACGUUGGACACCCUCAUGACGAACUUCAGAAAUAGAGCGCAAGAUGUCCAGGAUCACGAACUCUCCCUCGUCCGCUCAUACGAAGAGAAACUACUGCAACUAGAAGAAGACAACGCAAAGACCGAACUCCAAUAUACCACCGAACUCUCCAAUGCCCUCGCUCGCCUCGGCCAAUACCUCCGCGGCCUCUCACGCCUAGAGGGCGGCGAACCCGUCGAAGGCGAGGAAGACACCACCUCCACCAACGAACCCGCAGCCGAGGGCCCUGACGAAGCCUCCGUGCAGCUCUCCGCCCCCAAGGAAGACGAAGACGGGCAGGAGCCCAACUCGCCCACCUUCGAAGAGGUCAUGGUCGCGCCGACGUCCUACGACCACGCGCUGCAGCGCGAGAUCGAGCUCGCGCGUCUGGAGCAGGAGAACGCGGAGCUGCGGCGGAUGCUAGGGCUGCUGCCGUCGUACCCGUUGCGGAGGCCGCAGGCGCCGCCGACGGAGUCGGAGCUGGCGCAUCGACCGCAGACGGCGUUUGAGGCGGGGCGGACUUUCGAGAGGCAAGGGGAACAGGGGAGGCCACCGGCGACGUUUGACCCGGUGGGCCAGGGGAGAGGAAUGCCGGCGCAGAGGGGUAAUGGUGCACCUCGGGGGAAUCCUGCAUGGGGCCUACUACGCUGGGAGUGAUGCGGUCUGCUAUAGAUAUCUGUCUGUAUCCCCCUGCCUAUCUAUUUUCUUGGAUCGGAUACAAUGGUUUUGUGGGUAUAGAGGUGUGAACAGGCGGGUGCAGUGUAGGUCUACGAGGU